UUUCGGCUGAGCAGCAUACCAUCUUCAUUCAGCAACUCCAUUGCACAUCAUCGCUACAAACUGCUGUUGCCUUUAAACGUUUGGCCAAUUUGCUAUUGAAUCGCAUCGCACGCCAGCCAAUGAUGAGCUCGUCGCUUGCAGUGCUUUUUGGCUUCGUUGCCGUCCUCGUCGUCGCCGUGGCAGGCGGCAAACGUGAGGCGCCUCUGAACAAUGCCUAUUUGCCGCCUUCGUCUCCAUCCAGACCAUCAUCUAAGUAUGGUGCUCCACCGGCGAGCUCCUAUCUGCCACCGGCCUCGGGUCCAGCUCCAGCUUUCAACUCGCGUCCCAGCCCAUCUAGCAGCUACUCGGCUCCAGGCGCCUCAUCGGGUGGCCCGUACCCUGCCCCAGCUCAGCGUCCGUCCAGCUCCUAUGGCCCACCAGCGCGUCCAGCUCCUCCACCAUCCUCCAGCUACGGUGCACCUCCCAGCCGUCCCAGCCAGUCAUACGGACCUCCGCCAGCCAGGAAGCAACAUCAUUCGCGUCGUCCCGCCUCGAACUACGGACCUCCUAAAUCGGCACCUUCUUCAAGCUAUGGCGCACCAGCUCCUCCAGCACCACCAUCGCCCAAGUACGGACCACCUAAGUCGUCGCCUCCAUCAAGCAGCUAUGGCGCUCCAUCUCGUCCAUCCUCGUCCUAUGGCGCUCCUAGUGUGAGCAGCUUUGUGCCCUUAGCAUCGGCUCCGUCGACCAACUAUGGUGCUCCCUCGAAGACACAAACCCUCGGCAGCAGCGGUUAUACCUCGGGUCCAGCUGCUCCAGCUCCACCCUCGUCUUCGUACGGUGCUCCCUCCAGCUCUUCUGGCUCCAGCUCCUUCCAGCCCAUCUCGGCACCUUCAUCCCGCUAUGGUGCUCCCAGCGCUAGCUCCAGCUCCAGCUCUAGCAGCAGCAGCUUCUCUUCUCAUGGACCUUCCUCAUCGUACACUGCUCCCAGCCCAAGCGCAAAUAGUGGCGGUUCGUAUCCCGCGGCUCCCUCCAGCUCAUAUGGAGCUCCCUCGGCUCCGUCUAGCUCCUACUCGGCACCCAGCCCCUUAGCUAACAGCGGUGGACCUUAUCCGGCUGCCCCUGCUCCACCUUCCAGCUCGUAUGGUGCUCCCAGCUCAAGACCUUCCAGCUCCUACUCUGCUCCCAGCCCCGCUGCCAGCAGUGGAGGACCUUAUCCUGCUGCACCAUCCAGCUCUUAUGGCGCACCUAGCUCCGGCCCUUCAAGCUCCUACUCCGCUCCUAGCUCAAGCGCAAACAGCGGUGGACCCUAUCCAGCAGCACCCUCCAGCUCGUAUGGUGCUCCUGCCGCUCCAUCCAGCUCCUACUCGGCACCAAGCCCCUCAGCCAACAGCGGUGGACCCUAUCCAGCAGCACCCUCCAGCUCGUAUGGUGCUCCUGCCGCUCCAUCCAGCUCCUACUCGGCACCAAGCCCCUCAGCCAACAGCGGAGGACCCUACCCAGCUGCACCAGCCCCACCAUCUAGCUCUUAUGGUGCUCCCAGCUCAGGACCUUCCAGCUCUUAUUCCGCACCUAGCCCCUCAGCCAACAGUGGAGGACCUUACCCUGCUGCUCCCUCCAGCUCAUACGGUGCUCCUUCGGCUCCAUCCAGCUCCUACUCUGCCCCAAGCUCCAGUGCCAACAGUGGAGGACCUUACCCAUCUGCUCCGUCCAGCUCUUAUGGUGCUCCCAGCGCAGGACCUUCCAGCUCCUACUCUGCACCCAGCCCUGCAGCUAACAGCGGUGGACCAUACCCUUCGGCACCAUCGAGCUCCUAUGGCGCACCCAGCGCAGGUGGCAGCAGCUCCUUUUCUUCGGGUCCAUCCAGCUCUUACUCUGCUCCCAGCGCAGGGGGCAGCAGCAGCGGACCUUAUUCUGCAGCAAGCGGCCAUGGCUCAAGCAGCUCCUCAUUCGGCUCAGGCUCAUCAUCCUCAUUCCCAUCAUCUUCAUAUGGCGCCCCCAAUGGUGAUAGCAUUCCCAGCGGUCCGUCGUCGUCGUAUGGCGCACCCUCCCAGGACUCUGGCUAUAACUACAAUGGACCCAGCCAAGUACCCGAGACCAUCCAGCAGAGUUACAGCGCCAACGGCGGCUACACUUACCGUAAGAAGUAAGUGAAAGCGGGAGAAAUA